UUCCAUCCGAUUGGUUUGGAACAGAAGGCCUCAUGGCUACCUUUGCUUUUUUUGGAAACUCGCGCUACUUCCGAGCUGAGUGCUUCAAACCAAAGGAAACGAUUACUUGAGCCUGUCAAAGCAAAAUAUAUAAAGAGGCACUUUGAACAGCAUUUUGAUCGAUUCAUCAGACGACUUAGCAAGGAAAUACUGCAGGAGCGCAGUCGAGGAUCUAUUACAUUUUCGCCUUCAACUGUAUUUGACGGGGUCAGCUAUAUUGUACAGCAGCAAGUAUGGACGGAGAAUUCAAGGUAACUUUGGUUAUAUUCAGUGGUGUCCCUAAUCCCGUUUGGUGGGUUCAUCCUCGUCAUGAGAAGUUCAAUGAAAUGAAAAAACUUCAUCAGGAAGCCCGAGAAAGAGGAAAAGCCCUUCGUCAAGAGCAUAUUCCUGCCACUCUCGGAUACAGGGGUUUCUUAGUACAUCACCCAGAAGACGAGCAUGCAGAGUUAAUUCUAGGCGAGGAGACGACUGCCUAUCAAAAGAUACUGCUUGACUCCAUGCCAGAAGGGAAGAUUCAUGACGCUUUGCACCCGAAGAUUCGACAGGCCAUCGAUUCAGGAGCGGUCUCUCCCAGCCAUUCAAGAGCGGUCUCUCCCAGGCAUGUCCGUUCGAUCCUACGCGACAAAAAAGAUGUUAUACAGCAUUAUGCACCUAUCUACAACCCUGGCAGGUGGAAUGAUGUCCAGCUAAUCCAGUGGAACAACAACUGCUACAACUACGCAAAUCAGAAAAUCACCAACAGCUUUGCUCAGCCCGGUAGAGCCAGCGGCAAUCCUAUCGUAGGUGGUAUAACGGCAGGCAAGACCUUACGCAGUGCUGAAAGUGAUGGUUUAUUGAAGAUGGAUGUGCCUAAUCAUGAUCCUGUGCCAACAGCACCAGCACAGCCCAACUGCUUGGUAGCACUGGUGGUUGCCCCAGGUGUGGAUUACCAUUGGUAUCGCUUGGAUGACACAGGAUUUUACUCAUAUAAGCCUGGAUCAACUCCUGCGACUGAUCUAGAUGGAGAUGGAAACAAGAUCACUGAUCCAAGAAAAGCUGCCAACGCGAAGCACGGUCCCGAUUACAAGUUUGUUUCUUUCAUGCAGAUCUAUACAAAUAUCAUUGAAUGAUGGUUGAAGGACACCAGCUUAGUUUGAUUAAGUAGCAGGGAAACAUUUGCCACACGUGAACGCUUGCACUAUGAAAAAUUUGAACCAAAAGUAUCGUUUUGAUUUAAGUCUACAAGAUUGAACAAAUUGACCUACUCUUCCUUUCAAUGAUUCAAAAAUGACGCGAUUGUAUAUUCGCUCUUUAUAAAUUCAACGUGCUUUAUCGUGAACAUUUGUCAUAGUUUCCUACUGAGGGUUAUUUCACAUGUCAGUAGUUUUUUAAAGUUCAUAGCAUAGACAGUCUCGACAGUUGAUUCACCUUGAUUAGUCACAUGCAUGUUCUUAAUGAUCAUUUUGCAAUUCAUAACGGAACAGCCAGUUAAUCUUAGUUGAUGGAUUUUUUCCGUCUCUGAGAUGUAUUGAGUGAAGCGAAGAUAGUGCUCAUGAGCCGAUAGGAAAAUCACAAUUUCCAUUCAUGGCUGCUACUUUGUCAGAUUUUAUGUUUUAUUAACAGUAACUGAAGUUGUUUAAGGAUAACAAACCAUGAAAAUAACGACGCUAAUCACGAUAGAAAAUUAAAAUAAGCUCGUAAGUGGCGGUUUCCAUAGUUGAAAUAAAAGAAACCUUGUCAGAUGAUUUGGUCAAAUAAACAGUUCUAAAUCAGUUUCAAAAUCA